UCAGCCCCCUGGGAAAGUACAUAUCUGUGAGGCGCUCCGUGCCCGCCGCUUGCACUCGGCCGGCGCCCCGUCCCGCACGGACCAGCCCCGCAGCUCCGCUCCGCUCCCCCGGGGGCCGCGCCCGCGUCCGGAUCGGGGCUGUCCCGCAGCUUUACAAGUUUGACUUUCGGGAGCAGUUCGCGCGUGUUCGCGCCCUAACCCACCGCCACCAUGGAUGCCAUCAAGAAGAAGAUGCAGAUGCUGAAGCUGGACAAGGAGAACGCCUUGGACAGAGCCGAGCAAGCCGAGGCGGACAAGAAGGCAGCGGAGGAGAGAAGCAAGCAGCUGGAGGACGAGCUGGUGGCUCUACAAAAGAAGCUGAAGGGCACUGAGGAUGAGCUGGACAAAUACUCCGAGUCCCUUAAAGAUGCCCAGGAAAAGUUGGAACUGGCUGACAAAAAGGCCACAGAUGCUGAGAGCGAGGUGGCUUCUCUGAACAGACGCAUCCAGCUGGUUGAGGAAGAGUUGGAUCGGGCUCAGGAGCGCUUGGCCACUGCCCUGCAGAAGCUGGAGGAGGCUGAGAAGGCUGCAGAUGAGAGUGAAAGAGGAAUGAAGGUCAUUGAAAAUAGAGCCCAGAAGGAUGAAGAGAAGAUGGAAAUCCAAGAGAUCCAGCUCAAAGAGGCCAAGCACAUUGCUGAAGAGGCCGACCGCAAGUAUGAAGAGGUGGCUCGUAAGCUGGUGAUCAUUGAGGGCGACCUGGAGCGGGCUGAGGAACGUGCUGAGCUGUCAGAAAGCAAAUGUGCUGAGCUUGAAGAGGAGUUGAAAACUGUGACCAACAACCUGAAGUCGCUGGAGGCUCAGGCUGAGAAGUACUCGCAGAAAGAAGACAAAUAUGAAGAGGAGAUUAAAGUUCUGACUGACAAACUGAAGGAGGCUGAGACCCGUGCUGAGUUUGCUGAGAGGUCAGUAACCAAGCUGGAGAAGAGCAUUGAUGACCUAGAAGAGAAAGUGGCACAUGCCAAAGAAGAAAACCUUAAUAUGCAUCAGAUGCUGGAUCAAACUUUACUGGAGUUAAACAACAUGUGAAAACCUUCUUAGCAGCAACCACAUUGUUUGUUUUGUUAUUUUUACACCUGCUUGCCGUGAAGCCCCAUAAACGUGUCUUUAUUUUAGUUUCACCACAGUCACAAGAACAUCUGCUAAAGUACCAAGCAGGGGUCAGGGAAACACCAAACUGGGCAAGCCAUAUGCGGGUUAAGCUACGUUACAUUAUGGUUCAAAUGUGCCAUUUCCCAACAAAAAUGUUACCUACACUCUGUAGAGAGUUCAGCAACUCAGUGUGCUUAGUCUUUGAAGAAUCCUGGCCGUGGCAGAAAGUGUCCCACCUCAAGUGCCAACUACAGUUUUGACCCAAGAAGAAUGAUUGGUGUUCAGGGGAGAUCAGUUGGAAAUGGUGCUAUUUUGAACAAAAGGUUCUACUGAAGUCUUUUGUUUGAUAUCAGACAAGUCAGGAGUUGUCCAGCACAGUAAUUUAUUUUUACCAGAAUUUUACUGAUCUGUGAGAAUUUGGACUUUCCGUGCCUUCUAAUUCAGUAAAACGAAGGUGUGUGAGCAACAGAGACAAGUGAAGGCUCCUGGAGGUUUUAAAUUUGUGUUCUUGCAACUCAAUACAGAAGUGUAGGUCAGCAUUUCACCUUGAGUAUUCAUUCGAUUGUAUUUUUCAUGUUGAAAUGAAAGAUUCAAUAAAUUCAGGACAAAACAUUAAUUUGGAAGAGAUUGUUUAAAAUGUAUUUUAUUUGUGUGGAUUUUGGGGAGGGGGAGGAAUUUUGAAACCGAUAUUCGCCUCACUUUUUUUUUUUUUUUUCACACUUUCUUUGAGCAGUUUUAAAAGUAUACCUGUAUUGUAAACAUUGUAUAAUGAUAUGAAAUAAAAUGCACAUUUUAGGACAUUUUUUUUUUAA